AUGGCUGAACUUGCCUCAGAGAAGCCGAUUUCAGGCAUAAAUACUGCGAGUGCCUCAGUUACCGAUGUCGAGAACGAUGCAAAUACCCAUGAUGAUACCGAGGAGCAGAUUCACGAUGAGGUCCUCGAGCUGGCCAGGCGGAUUACGACACAGCCUCACCACGGUGAUUCUGCAAAGCUGUUCCCCCUCUCCAAAGACGGACCGUUGGAUCCUCAAAGCCCCAAGUUCGACGCAAAGAAAUGGGCCAAGGCCUUCUUUCACGCCAGAACCGAAGCGCUCGAUGGGACACCACACAAGACAGCUGGUGUAGCCUUCCAGAACCUCGAUGUGUACGGCUUCGGGUCAGACACCGACUUCCAGAAAACAGUCGUCAACGUCGUUCUUGGAGCCAAGUCUCUGCUGCAAAAGUUGUUUCGCAAAGACCAGCAACGAGUCGAUAUCUUGCACGAUUUGGAAGGUGUUGUUCGCAAUGGAGAGAUGCUUUGCGUGCUUGGCCCCCCAGGCUCUGGAUGUUCCACCUUCUUGAAAACGAUCGCAGGAGACACUCACGGAUUUUACAUCAAGGAUACUUCCUUGAUCAACUAUCAUGGCAUCCAUCCUACUCAAAUGACAACGUCUUUCCGUGGCGAAGCUAUAUACACCGCCGAGGUCGACCACCACUUUCCCUCUCUCACAGUUGGCCAAACACUGUAUUUUGCCGCUUCUGCUCGUUGCCCUCAGAACAUCCCUGCCGGUAUCACAAGAAGCGAAUACAUUGGACACAUCCGCGACGUCACUAUGGCCAUGUUAGGCAUUAUGCAUACAAUGAAUACUCGCGUAGGGAAUGACUUUGUCCGGGGCGUCAGCGGAGGCGAGAGGAAGCGAGUUACGAUCGCUGAAGCCUCUUUGAGCCAUUCGCCCUUGCAAUGCUGGGACAAUAGUACGAGGGGCCUCGAUAGCGCGAACGCUGUGGAAUUCUGCAAGACGCUAAGGAUACAGGCUGAUACAAUGGGUUAUACUUCAUGUGUUGCCAUUUAUCAAGCGCCUCAGGAUGCCUAUGAUCUCUUUGACAAGGUUCUGCUCUUGUACAAGGGUCGCCAAAUCUUCUUCGGCUCGACCAAGAGGGCUAAGCAGUACUUUCAGGAGCUGGGUUUCCACUGCCCAGAGCAGCAGACCACUGCCGACUUCUUGACUUCCAUGACCAGCGCGCGGGAGCGUAUCGUCCGGGAUGGCUGGGAGAACAAGACGCCCCGAAGCCCCGCGGAAUUCGCCCAAGCCUGGAAAGCGAGCCGAGACCGUGAGCUACUAGUAGAAGAGCUUGCAGAGUAUCAGGCGUCUCACCCAUUCCAUGGUGAAAGCUACGACAAGUUCCGCGAGUCACGACGCAAGGACCAGGCCCCUUUGCAACGCGCUAAAUCGCCCUUCACUUUAUCUUACUUGCAGCAAAUGGCAUUGACAAUGUGGCGAGAGGCAACUCUGAUCAAGGAAGAUCCGUCGUUGACCAUUACAAUGCUUUUCACCAGUUUUUUACAAGCCAUCAUAGUAAGCAGUAUCUUCUACAACCUUUCUGAGACAACUGCCUCCAUGCAGAGUCGGGCGGUCUUACUGUUCUUCCUCAUCUUGAUGAAUGCAUUUAGCAGCAUCUUGGAGAUCAUCACCCUCUAUGCCAAGCGCAAGAUCGUUGAGAAGCACGCGAGAUACGCACUAUACCAUCCGAGUGCUGAGGCUCUGUCAUCCCUGGUUGUCAGUCUUCCCUAUAAGAUCACGAACGCGAUUAUCUGCAAUAUCACUCUGUAUUUCAUGGGUAACCUCCGUCGAGAGCCGGGACCCUUCUUCUUUUUCCUUCUCAUGAUCUUCACUACCACUUUAACCAUGUCGAUGCUCUUCAGACUCAUUGGAUCUGUUACGAAGUCAAUCGCUCAGGCGAUGGCGCCGUCAGCCAUCAUCCUGCAGGGGUUGGUGCUGUAUGUUGGAUUCACUAUCCCAACGCAGUACAUGCGAAGCUGGAUCGCCUGGUCUCGCUGGGCCAACCCUCUUUUCUAUGCCUUCGAGUCUGUCAUGCUCAAUGAGUUUGUCGGCAGAAGAUUUGACUGUGUGUCCUAUAUCCCUGCAGGGCCCGAGUAUGAAGACGUCGAUCCAACGGCCAGGGCUUGUUCCGCGCAAGCAUCUAUUGCCGGGCAGAGCUUCAUCGAUGGCGAAGAUUACCUAAAGACUAUUUAUGGAUACGACAACGCCCAUAGGUGGCGUAAUUUCGGCGUGGUGAUUGCUUUCAUGAUUAUCUACCUGGCUCUACAUUUAGUGGCCUCAGAGUACAUCUCGUCUGAGCGGUCAAAAGGAGAGGUACUCGUUUAUCUCCGCGAAGCGAUGUCGCGGUUUAAGAAGUCCGCUAGUGAUACCGAGAGUGGUCGGGCAGAUUCAUCUCAUCAACAGGAAACCGCCACUGAUACAUCUAGCGCAGGAGUAGAGAAGCAAGUCUCUGUGUUUCAUUGGAGAAAUGUUUGCUAUGACAUCAAGAUCAAGAAAGAGGAUCGCAGAAUUUUGGACCACGUUGACGGCUGGGUCAAACCAGGAACUCUCACAGCCCUCAUGGGUGCAUCCGGAGCCGGAAAGACUACGCUCCUUGACGUUCUCGCUAGCCGUGUGACCAUGGGCGUUAUAUCAGGCGACAUGCUCGUCAAUGGCAAACAGCGGGACGAGUCCUUCCAACGGAAGACUGGCUACGUAACGCAACAAGACUUACACCUUGCCACUUCGACCGUUCGCGAAGCCUUGGCUUUUAGCGCCCUUCUUCGACAACCCUCCAAGUAUUCACAACAGGAAAAGCUAGACUAUGUUAGUACAGUCAUUGGGCUUUUGGACAUGCAGGAGUAUGCCGACGCUAUUAUCGGCGUACCAGGUGAAGGUCUCAAUGUCGAACAGCGCAAGCGGCUUACUAUUGGAGUUGAGCUGGUAGCUCGACCUCAACUCCUGCUUUUCCUGGACGAGCCGACCUCUGGCCUUGAUAGCCAGACAUCCUGGUCGAUUUGCAACCUAAUGGAGAAGCUUACAAAGAACGGCCAAGCUAUUCUAUGUACUAUCCAUCAGCCCUCUGCGAUGUUAUUCCAGCGAUUUGAUCGUCUCUUACUACUAUCGAAGGGUAAGACUAUCUACUUUGGCGAUGUUGGUAAAGAUUCUCGUAUUCUAGUCGACUACUUUACACGUAAUGGUGCCCAUCAGCUUCCGGUCGGCAAGAACCCAGCAGAAUACAUGCUCGAAGUUAUUGGUACAGCCCCAGGCUCCACUACGACCAUCGACUGGCCCACGGUCUGGCGGCAGAGCCCUGAGUACAAGGGGGUUCAAGACGAACUUGAAAGGCUUGCUCUCACUUCCGCUACUGCUGAGGAUCCUUCUGCGGAAGCCGCGGCGCACCAGGAGUUUGCUGCAGCUGCCACGGUACAAUAUGGACAGGUAACGAAGCGACUCUUUCAACAGUAUUGGCGCAGUCCCCAAUACAUUUACUCCAAAGUCAUAUUAGCAUUGGGAGUGUCCCUAUUCAUCGGUCUAUCGUUCCUGAAUGGCGACAACACACAGCGCGGGCUGUUCAACCAAAUGUUCGGUAUCUUCAUCUUCCUUAGUAUUUUUCCCAAUAUGGUCAACCAGAUCAUGCCCGUCUUUGAAUCUCAACGCGAGCUAUACGAGGCACGCGAGCGGCCUUCCAAGACUUAUUCAUGGAAGGCGUUUAUGACUGCAGUUAUCUUUGUUGAGAUAGCUUGGAACUCGCUUAUGUCUGUACUCUGCUAUCUUACAUGGUACUAUCCUAUCGGUCUCUUCAGGAAUGCCGAGUGGACCAAUGCUGUUCAUGAACGAGGUAUCACCAUGUUCUUGCACAUCUGGGUAUUCUUCGUGUUUUCAAGUACUUUCGCGCACAUGAUGAUUGCGGGACUGCCAUCUGCGGACAUUGCGGGCGGCGUAGUGGGCUUGCUUCUCAUCAUGAUGUUCACCUUCUGCGGUGUUCUUGCUGGUCCGGAUGCCCUUCCUGGAUUUUGGAUUUUCAUGUACCGCGUCAACCCAUUUACCUAUAUUAUCGAGGGAUUGCUAGGUACCGGCUUGGGCAAUGCGCCGAUGUAUUGUGCCGAUAACGAAUUCGUCCAGUUCACCGCGCCCAACGGCUCUACCUGCGUCGAGUAUACUGCCGAGUUUCUAAACCAAGCAGGAGGUUAUUUGGCGGACCCAGAAGCUACAGACUGCAGAUACUGUGCCAUGAACGAGACCAACUCGUUCUUGACCAGUGUCAACAUCAACUUUGACAACAGAUGGAGGGAUUUCGGUAUCAUGUGGGCUUUCUGCGUAUUCAACAUUGCAAUGGCCUUGGGCUUUUACUGGUUGGCAAGAGUUCCGAAGAAGGCCAGGAAGACCACAAGUGCUUAG